CUGGACGCCGGAAGUGACGCUCCGCCGCCGGAAAGAGACGUAUUUCCUGUUUUCCUCCGUUUCUUCACCGAGGAACGGGACUCACGUGACGCAGGCGACGGGAAGUGGGGGCUGAUGAUAAAAUGGCCACCCCAGUUAGUGCACAGUGCUCCAGCAAGACUUGGGAGCUCAGCUUGUAUGAAUUGCACCGCACCCCUCAGGAAGCCAUCAUGGAUGGCACAGAGAUAGCAGUGUCUCCGCGUAGUCUGCACAGUGAGCUGAUGUGUCCCAUCUGCCUUGACAUGUUGAAGAACACCAUGACCACCAAGGAAUGUCUGCAUCGGUUCUGUUCAGACUGCAUUGUAACAGCGCUGCGCAGUGGGAACAAGGAAUGCCCCACUUGUAGAAAGAAAUUGGUUUCUAAACGCUCCCUUCGCCCUGACCCAAAUUUUGAUGCACUUAUCUCCAAAAUCUAUCCAAGUCGAGAUGAGUAUGAAGCUCAUCAGGACAGAGUGCUUGCAAAGCUGAGUCGCUUGCAUAACCAACAGGCCCUUAGUAGCAGCAUUGAGGAAGGACUUAAAAUGCAAGCCCUGCACAGGACUCCCAGGGCACAACGGGUACGAAAACAUCAGCACGAGUCCGACAACACCACGUUCAGUGGUGGGGAGGACAACUGUGAUAGCCGAUCUCAUGUUAGCAAUCCAUCUGUGCACAGCAACCAAGAGGCAGGGCCAAGUCGCAAGAGAUCCCGCGCCUCCGAGGAUUCUGGAGCAGAACCUGACCUAUCACAUGAGGGUGGAGGAAGGAGCCCCGAUCCUCCAGGGGGCGGAGAGGCUGGGAGUGAGAUAGAGCUGGUGUUCAGAGCUCACCCCUUGUUGGUGGAAAAGGAUGGUUAUAGCCAGACCAGGUUUGUAAAGACAACAGCAAAUGCUACAGUUGAUCACUUAUCCAAAUACUUGGCUCUACGCAUUGCUCUGGAAGUGGAGGCUCUCCGUGGUGGUGCAGAUGGGGUGACACUGGGUGAGGUCAGCGAGAAGCAAUAUACAAUUUACAUUUGUGCCGGGGCUGCAGGCGGACAGUACACUACCCUGAAUGGUUCGUUAACACUUGAACUAGUUAAUGAGAAAUACUGGAAAGUGAGCAAACCCCUGGAGCUGUACUAUGCUCCCACUAAGGAGCAGAAAUAGGGCGGAAGGGGGCUGGGAGAAGGACAAAGGAAGGAAUGUACCACCAUCAUAGCACCUACUGGCUGGAUUUCAUGAACAGUGCUGUGCUCCGUCCAGGGAGCAAAGAACAUGGAGGUUACCGGAACUGUAUGACCUGCAAUAUAUACCAGUGCAACACUGGAAUUGGGGAACGGAAUGCCAGAUGUGAGAUCUUCAGCUUUUCCUUCUAAGCGCGUUUUUUUUUGUUUUUGAUUCUUGGAUUUUUGUAAAUAUAACAAGGACCAGCAAUGAGGAGAAACACCCCAAAGAGGAUUUUCCUAAAACAUUGAUUCAUCCCAUCAUUAAAUGAACUUCUAUUGCUGUGUAUUACACAGCAGCAGGAAUUGCAGGGAAAGUGGCCUAAGGACCCCAUCUCAUUCCAUACCAAUCGAUCUCACUUUCAAGGUGAGGAAUAGGGAUAUGAACUUCCCAAAUGCAAGGAGCACAAAAAGUGGCCCCAAACUGUGGAUUGACAGAGUAAAAAAAAAAAAAAUACUGCUUUCAAAUGCACACUAUCCUCUUAUUUCUAGUGUCUUAAUAUUUAUCCAGUUUGUUUUCAUUUAUUUGUAUCUUGAAGAUAAAAAGGCAAACCUGAUAUU